ACUUGAAUUAAUUAAUUUAUUAAAAUCUUAUCGAGACACGAUGGAAAACAACCAAAUGGAAAAGGAACAGUCAGUAGCUAUAGAAAGUGAAUAUUCAGAAGAUAAAUGUGAUGUUGCUUCACAAGUAAAAGAUACGAAAAAUACAAAAAUCGUGCAAUCACAGAAACCUAAAGCAACCAAUACUGCAAAUGAUGAAUUAAUUAAUUCACGACAAUCGCGCGAAAUUCAAACGGACAUCAUGGAUAUAGAAACAGUAGAAAAAUUAAAAAGUCGGCUAGAUACUUUAAUGAAUUCUUUGGCUACACUUUCGGCAGAAAAAUCAAAAAUGGAAGCAAAUUUUCAACAGGAUAAAAAACAAUUAAGGAACGAACGAGAUGACUACGAAAAAGUAAUAAAAGAUUUGAAGGAAAAAUUGAAAAAAGCGCAAAACGUAAAUAGUUUAGAAAUUGAACAUGUAAAAUGUAAAUUAAUUAUGGAACGUCAUGAAAGGGAAAAAGAACAAGUUGAUCACGCAAAAAUGAUAAAAGAACUUCAGAAAUUAUUACAUGAUGAACGACGAAAUAAAGAACAACUUGAAGUACAAGUAAAAAAUCAGUUUGCACAUAAAACGCAAUGUAAAAUUCUCGAAGCCGAAUUAGAAAUAACUAGAAAUAAGCUAAAACAAGCAGAAGAAGCAGCUAAAGAAACCCCUCCAAUUUUAUUAUCACUCCAGUCUGAAAUGGCUCUUAUGAAGAAACAACAUUUAAAUGCAAUACAUGAAGAGCAAAAAAGGGCUGCUGCUGCAGAGCAACAAGCUAGAGCAUUAGCAAUGACUCAUGAAGCAAGAGUAGCUGGCUUAGAAGCAAGAUUAGCUGAACUUUCAGAAAUUGUUGGAGGAUAUGAUAGGCUUAGACAACAAGAUCAACAAGCUAUUCAGAAACUGAAAGAUCAAUUAGCUAGUUUACAAGAUUCUGAACACAAUGAUUAUAUUACUUUGAAUACUGAACCAGAAGAAGUUAUCACUAGAAUAAAAAACCUUUAUACCAAAUUGUUAGAUUUAGAUAAUAAAAAAAACGAAUCAGCAUAUGUUAAAUCAUUAUUACAUAGUUUGGAUUUAUAUGACAAACAACAAAUUAUUGACUAUAAAGAAAAAUACGAAACUCUGCUACAAGAAUUUGAUGAUUAUAAGCAACAAAUGAAAUAUAGUAAUGCUGCAAAUAUGUCGUAUAAUAUCCAGAAUCAAAAUAUUACAUCAUCUCAUGAUAAAAAUAGCAAAACACAACUACAUCUUUUAAAAUCGCAUAACAAUAAUUUAGAAGAAAGAAUACGUGUUUUAAAUAAUGAGAUCCUAAAUAAAGAAAGAGAAUUGCAAUUAAAAUUGGAACAUAGGGAAAAGGCAAGUUUUUUUUAUCAAGAGGAACGAGGAAAAUUGAAACAUUUGUUAAUACAGAAGGACAACGAAUUUCGUAAUAAAAUAUCUACAUUGGAGCAACAAUUAUUACGGCAACGAGAGCGAUCAAUGGCUCUCAUCGAAGAAAAAGAUAAAGAAAUUUUAACUUUAAAAACAUCCUUUCAUGCAUUAUUACCUAAAAGAGAAAAUACCGUAGAAAAUAAAUCAAAUGCAUCAAAACAUGAAAAUGGAACAGAACCAAUUAGCGAUUUAGUAACAGGAUUAUUAACGAGCGAUAGCCCUCCAAUAUUACACUAUAGUCAAGAAUUAGCAAGAAAAGAGGUUCAAGUAUCAGCAUCUAGAAAAAAGGUUUUAGAACUAGAAGCUACGUUACGAGAGAAACAAAGAGAAAUCGUACAUAUGAAGGAGAAACAAAAAGAAGAUACGAAAGCUUUACAAGCUCAAAUUGCAAGACUCGAAGCUUGCAAAUCUAGAGAAGGUGCAAAUCUUGAAUAUUUAAAAAAUGUUUUUAUAAACUAUUUAACUACAAGUGAUGUUUCUAGUAAACGUCAUAUGUUAAAUGCUAUUUCUACAGUACUACGUUUUACUACAGAAGAAUUAAAUAAGGCUCAGAAUGUCGGCGAUUGUCAACACAGAUUACAACAUUUUAUUUGAUAACACUUGUUCAAUAUUUUAUAAUUAGACGUCGGUAUAUAAUAUAUAUGAUUCUUUAAUAUAUAUAUUUCGUGAAGAAUAUUUCUUGCGAAUAAUUAUUCCGUAUUUAUCUGUUUUCUGAAAAUUUGUAAUCGGUAAUCUGCUAAGAUUCUUCUUCCUUUCUUUCUUAUCUUUUUUUUUCUUUCUUUACAUAUAUAAUGAUGUUAGUAAUACUAAUGUACAAAGGCCCUUAAAUAACAUUUCCCCGAGAAGAGUGCAUAUUCUCCAUGUAUACGUUGGAAUAACAUCUGUUUUCUUUGUGCACUUCAUCGAAAAAUAUCUGCGUUUUCGCGUUUAAUAUUUAAAUUUACUUUAAAAGGAAAAAAAGCCAAUUCUUGCAUUCCUUUGUGUGAAAGAAGUCUUUCAUCGACUAUGAUGGACUAUUUCCCGUAUUAUUUGCAAGUAUCCUUUCUCUCCUUCUUCCUUUUUUAUUAUAACCUUAAUACAAACACUAACACGAUAUU